AUGGAUAGAAACAAGUGUGGCUUUGACGAGGCUCUGAUGGAUAGAAACAAGUGUGGCUUUGAUGAGGCUCUGAUGGAUAGAAACAAGUGUGGCUUUGACGGGGCUCUGAUGGAUAGAAACAAGUGUGGCUUUGAAGAGGCUCUGAUGGAUAGAAACAAGUGUGGCUUUCACGAGGCUCUGAUGGAUAGAAACAAGUGUGGCUUUCACAAGGCUCUGAUGGAUAGAAACAAGUGUGGCUUUGACGAGGCUCUGAUGGAUAGAAACAAGUGUGGCUUUGAUGAGGCUCUGAUGGAUAGAAACAAGUGUGGCUUUGUCGAGGCUCUGAUGGAUAGAAACAAGUGUGGCUUUGACGAGGCUCUGAUGGAUAGAAACAAGUGUGGCUUUGAUGAGGCUCUGAUGGAUAGAAACAAGUGUGGCUUUGACGAGGCUCUGAUGGAUAGAAACAAGUGUGGCUUUGACGAGGCUCUGAUGGAUAGAAACAAGUCUGACUAG